AUGUCUGGACGCGGAAAAGGAGGAAAGGGUCUAGGAAAGGGCGGUGCUAAGCGUCACCGCAAGAUUCUCCGUGACAACAUUCAAGGAAUCACCAAACCUGCCAUUCGUCGUCUCGCCCGUCGUGGUGGAGUCAAGCGUAUCUCUGGUCUCAUUUACGAAGAAACUCGCGGCGUACUGAAGAUUUUCCUGGAAAAUGUUAUUCGUGAUUCCGUAACAUACACCGAGCACGCUAAACGUAAAACCGUGACAGCCCUUGAUGUUGUAUACGCCUUGAAGCGAUCUGGUCGUACCUUAUAUGGUUUUGGAGCUUAG